AUGGAAACCGGAGAGGCCACGAGGGUCAACGGGGCCGGAACAGAGGCCCGAGAUGCCCGGAACCCACCAGGGCCCACUGGGGGCCUCGAGAAUGGCAGCCAGGCAGAUCUCAAGGGGGCCCAAGCCUCCAACGGGGUGGGAGGGGAGGCGGCUGAGGUCCAAGGCUCUGGAAGCCCACUGAAGCAGGGUGAGGGGAAGAGCUCACUCUUCUUGGGGAAUGAGUGGAGGAGGCCCAUCAUCCAGUUCGUGGAGUCCGUGGACGACAAGACCUCCAACUACUUCAGCGUCGAGUCCACGGAGGCCAAGAGGAGCCCUUAUGCCGGGCUCCAGCUGGGUGGGUCCAAGAAGCCCCCCGUGACCUUCACCGACAAGGGGAGCCUCCGCAAGCCCCUCUUCUCUGAAACCAAGGAGGGCCGGAAGCCCACGGUGUCCAUCGUGGAGCCCAGUGGGGAGGGGCGGCGGAAUAGCUUCCCCCGGGCUGAAGCGGGGCUCCUCUCCCGCUCCAAGGCCAGCCAGGAGGAGAUCCUCUGCGACUCCUGCAUCAGCAACAAGCAGAAGGCAGUCAAGUCCUGCCUGGUGUGCCAGGCUUCGUUCUGCGAGGUCCACCUCAAGCCCCACCUGGAGGGCGCAGCCUUCCGCGACCACCAGCUGCUGGACCCCAUCAGGGACUUCGAGGCGCGGAAAUGCCCCAUGCACGGCAAGACCAUGGAGCUCUUCUGCCAGACGGACCAGAAGUGCAUCUGCUACCUGUGCAUGUUCCAGGAGCACAAGAACCACGGCACUGUCACCGUGGAAGAGGCCAAGGCUGAGAAAGAGACCGAACUGGCCCUUCAAAAGGAGCAGCUGCAGCUGAAGAUCAUCGAGAUAGAGGAUGAAACGGAGAAGUGGCAGAAGGAAAAAGACCGCAUCAAGAGUUUCACCACCAACGAGAAAGCCAUCCUAGACCAGAACUUCCGCGACCUGGUGCAGGACCUGGAGAAGCAGCGGGAUGAGGUGAGGCAGGCCUUGGAGCAGCGGGAGCAGGACGCCGUGGACCAGGUCAAGAUCAUCGUUGAUGCUCUGGACGAGCGGGCCAAGCUGUUACACGAGGACAAGCUGACCCGAGAACAACUACAAAGCAUCAGUGACUCGGUGCUGUUCCUGCAGGAAUUUGGGGUGCUGAUGAGCAAUUACUCCCUCCCCCCGUCUCUGCCCACUUACAACGUCUUGCUGGAAGGGGAGGGUCUGGGCCAGGCUCUGGGCAACUUCAAGGACGACCUGCUCAACGUCUGCAUGAGGCAUGUGGAGAAGAUAUGCAAGGCCGACCUGAGCCGCAACUUCAUCGAGAGGAACCACAUGGAGAACGGUGGAGAUCACCGCUACCUGAACAACUACACAGCAGAGUGGAGCCAGCCCGAGAGCAUGAAGCGCUACUCCAUGUACCUCACCCCAAAAGGUGGCAGAACCUCGUACCAGCCCUCUUCUCCCAGCCGCCUCUCCAAGGAGACCAACCAGAAGAAUUUCAACAAUCUCUAUGGAACCAAAGGGAACUACACCUCCCGUGUGUGGGAAUAUUCCUCCUCCAUGCAGACCUCCGAUGACUUACCUACAGUCCAAGGCAACUCUUCCUUCUCCCUGAAAGGAUACCCAUCCAUCAUUAGAAGCCAAAGCCCUAAAGCACCGCCCCAGACCUGGAAAUCCAACAAGCAGACCCUGCUGUCUCACUACCGUCCAUUCUACGUCAACAAGGGCACCGGCGUCGGCUCCCACGAGGCCCCCUGA